CAAGAUCUCGCACAAGAUGUCGUUAGAGGACAAGUGUGGGACUGCGUUUAGGGAUAGAGAUAGUAAAGAAGCUGUUCGCUUACUACCAUUAGUGAAUGAACCGAAUAAAAUUAAAAUAGCAGGGGAUGGCCUACUUCAUUUGUCUUCAUACAAUGGCUGGUUAGAUGUUACAAAAGAUCUCAUCACUAAAUAUCACUGUGACCCACACGAAAGAGAUGGUGUGGAUAGGACUUGUCUUCAUUGGGCUGCAGAAGGCAAUCAUGUUGAUGUAAUCAAAUAUCUCAUUGAUGAGGACCACUGUGAUCCAAUGGCUGUUAACAAGUGGGGGUGGACACCUCUUCACUAUGCUGCUGAAUGGGGUCAUUCUGCAGCUGUUGAAUAUUUACUAUCAACUGGUAAAUGUGAUCUAUUGGCUAAAGACAGUAAGGGGAGAACACCAUUUGAACUAGCUAAGGGGAAAGGUCACACUGAUGCUCUUUCUGUCUUUAAGAAGUUUGGUGGUAUAAAAUCAUCUCAUCCAAUUGAUUCUUAUGUUAACGUCCUCCUUGUGGGUAAUCC